AUGGCUGCUUUGUCUGCUGGAAGCUACGGAUUGUCACAGCAGGGCAGCUUAAACGAUGAGAAUAAGGAGCUUAUUUUUGUCAAACUAACCGAUUCGGCGCUGCGUGCCAUCGAGGAAUUCCAACGUACUCAGGCUAAGCUUGGCAGUUCGUCCGGUAACCCAUCGAUACAAUUCCUCCAGAAUGGGCAAGGGUGCCUAUCGUUUCCUUCCGGUGGUAACAAUGUGCAGAAGUUUAACUUCUCUAUCACCGACUUCGACACGGGUUCGAUCGAAUGCAUUCAGCAGGCUCAGGGCCAGCUGCAGAACAUGGGCCAUAUUCCACACAAAAUGCGGAUACACGCUAACGACGAUGUGUACGAAACGACGAGGCAUCGUUUAGCGGCUGCAGAAGAAAAUCAAAAGAACAAGUGCACGAGAGAAAUCAAGCCUAAUCAAACAGAUAUCGGGCGCAAAGUGAAGUUAAAAAAUCCAACCAUCCGCAACAUUCCUAGUAAUAAUGCAGUCAUAAGCAAACGUGAUUCUAUAUAUAACAACAGUUCUGUGAAUAAGGCAUCCUCUGUAGUGGCGAACCAGCUAACGUCUAAUAAUAAUCUAAAUAGUUAUAAUAACCUAGCAACAUCACCAAAACUAGUUAAAACCAAUGGCCUGCACCAGUCGCAGGUCUUGCAGCAGCAGCCUCAAACUCAGCAACCUCAGGUGCAAGCGAAGCCCGGGUACCAGCACACGGUCCAAGACCCUCCUCAUCAACCGCAACAACAGCCGGCGGCACAUCAGAAGCAACUGGAUAAUGGUAGCGCCCAGAAUAGGGUGACGAACGGGCGAAAGACUGGCAACUCGGAGUACACGAAAUGCAAUAUUAAGGAGCGAUUGAUACAUAUGCUUGCUUUGAAACCGUACAAACGGGCGGAGCUAAUAGUUAAGCUACAACAAGACGGUGUACGUAAAGAGGAGAUGAAAUGUACGCAGCAAAUAUUGAAAAACAUCUCCAGCGCGCGGGACGGUAUACUGAUACUGCAUCGGAAUGUAUGGAACGAGGUUCAAGACGACUGGCCAUUCUACUCGGAGCAGGAUCGCCAAGCGAUUAAGCGGAGAAGGCCCCAGAACUUAACGCCUCCGCUCAGUUCCGAUGGAGGAUCUUCCACUUCGGGCCAGAGCCCAUCUAGUACGCACAACGGCAACAGUCCGCAGUCGGGAAGCAAAAGGCCUGUGAUGGCGGGCAACGAUGAAGUCGGAUCUACACCGACUGCCAAAAAGCAGCGAAUUAGUCACUACAAAAAGGAUACCCAUCCGGACCAUAUGAGGCCCAACCUAACACCAAAUACCCAGGAUAAUGAAGAUGGUGUUAGUUUGAGUUUCUCGCUGGUAUCGAACGAUGUUGCUAAACGGAUAGAAUCAUCGGUGUGUGAAACAGAACCUGAGCGGGAUCCUUACGAAACGGGCUUUCUGGAUGGUGCGCAGCAGAUAAACGGCAGUGGAGAUGAUGAUUUUGUUAAUCAAUUCACUAGGAUAACCUCGGUGGAACAGCGGCGUAGGUACAAGACUGAAUUUGACAACGAAUACAAGGAAUACAGGCGGUUGCACGGGGUUUUGGAAAAUGCUUCGAGAAAGUUCGCGCAGUACGAGGAAGAUCUGCAACAUGAACCGAAGGAUACGCAGCGAUACAAGGAUAUUCAAAUGAAAAUCAUCAAGGAGUACGAUAGAAGUAUUAAAAAUGUCAAAUUUCAACAGGAUAAAGAACGAUUUAAUUACCUUCACAAGAAACUAUCACACAUCAAACUGCUUGUGCGUGACUAUGAUAGCUCUAUAACCAACGGCGGUUUAUAUCGGCCGCAGGAGAAUUACUGACGAUUGUUGAAACUCAUGAAGCGUUCGUAUUUCAUAUGUUGAAAACAUUAUUUAUUGUGAAGAAAUACUAUCACUCGUGUGCAGUCGACCAGCUUUUAACCUAGAAUCGUUGGCUAUGAUGAACUUACUACUCUUUUCAAGUCCCCUUCAGUUGCGCGGUUAUGUGUUGGUGGAAGCUAUUUGUUUGCUAUGGCAGCGUUGAACAAUCCAAGAAAGGUUUCUAUUUUAUUGUCCUCUUACCAAUGGAUAUUGGCAUUUCGCAGUCUUAGAAAUCACAUGUGAACUCAUAGCAGAAGCAUUUAUCAGUUAAAAGUCGUUACAGCAAACGAGUCUGAACGGAAAACAGUCAAGUGCUUAGCAAUGGAACGAAGGAAAGUUGAGCAUACAAAACCAAAACAUUGAUUUGGCAAUUUUUCAUUAUUUUGUUUUUUAAUAAACACAAUAGGUCAAUUAAAAAUUACAUUCUACGCAGCACUUCCGAGUCGGACCUACAUCAUCUUUUCUACUUGAAUGGAUUAAAAUAUUACAAGCGAAAAAGGUCUUCUCUAGGUGUGUUUUGCAAUAAAUUUACAUCUGAUUCUUUGCUACUACUCUGGUUAAUUGUCAACAGCUUUUAAGCAUAGGAAGUUAAACAGAAUUGAAUGUAGAAGGAAGACAACAAACGAAGCUUCCCUUGUUAUGUUUGUAUAAUGAAUGUUUUCUAUUUAUUCAAGAAAGCUUUUUUACACUUUAAGCUGUGUCUAUCAACAAAGCUGAAAAUGAAAUAAGAAUUUCUAAUUUUUAUUUUUAUUGUGCAGCACGAUGUACUCUCUUUCUCUCUCCCUCCCUCCCUCUCUCUCUCUCUCUCUCUCUCUCUCUCUCUCUCUCUCUCUUACUCUCUCUCUUCCUUUAAAUACAUCUCUCUUUCCUUAUCACUAUUGUCGCUGUGUGUUGAAAGGAUCGUAACUGUCGAUCGGAAAAAGAUCGUAAGUGCGCACGUUCAACGUCACUCGAGAAAUCCUGUAUUCAGGUGAUAGAUACAAACGCAAAAUGAUUACAGAGAAAACUAGAAAAGACGAAGUCCACGAAGAAAGUCGAGAGCUAAUAAAAAUAUUAGAUUAGGAGGAGCUGGUGGGUAAGAAGAAAAGGGUAUUAGGUAAAUAGUUUAUUUUGUUCUCUUUGUUAGUUAAUUGGUUAUCUAUUCCUAUCUCCGAAAGAUCCUAGUAAAUAGAGUGUCAUACACUGGGUGACAACCAGACAGUGGAGUGAAGGACUGCGUGCAUCACCAUCGUUUCGAGACCGCGCUUUCCAGCAUGUGCACAUUUAUUCCUAGCAGAAUUUGGUUCAAUUACUACGUUCCGUUCAGAUAAUUGGGACGAGUGAUAAUGGGUGCACUGAGACAAAAAUGUGGCGGAACGAUGUGCAUUAGUAGCGGUAGCUAACAAUGAUGAUGUAAGAAGACGUUGUCACAGAAGAUGUACUGCAAGCGAUUAGCAAUAGUUGUGGCCGUAGUAGCAGUAGCAGUAGUGGUAUUUCAAUAGUAAACUUAUCAUCUCCGAGAGAAAGAAAAAAAAAACAAAAUCAUUAUUAAACUAGCCGCACGCGCGCCAUUUUGUUUAUAUUUGUCUUUAUUAUUUUGUUUGUAUGUAAUGUAAGUAAAGAUAGGGAAUUGUGCGUAUACCUAGGACAUAAGACGGAAAACGUUUAAAGGAAACGGAGAUAUUAGUGCCACUCUGAAAUGGAGAAAAAAGAAAAGAAAAACAAUUGCGCCAAGUUGUACGCUCCUCUGACAAAACGUGGAGCAAUAAAAAUAUUACAAUGAAGAGAGAAGAGCUCGGAAACUGCGGAGCAAAUGUUUGUUGCUGUAUUGUGCUCAAGAAAUGCCAAUUCAAAUAGCUUGGUAUUCAGCUGAGGUGCCAUUGGUGCAGCUUGUAACAAUGAAGCAUAUUCGCGAAGAAUAAGGUAAAGCUCAUGUGAAACACGAUUAACUACUGACAUUAGAGGAGAGAGCGAAAGUGAAAAGAGGAAAUGCGAAUUGCGCGCUAAUAUCAAUUCAAUGAUCUGAGAGAUAUUGUACAACAGUCCUUAUCACGUUACCGCACAUUGCGCAUAUUCGUUACGUUUAAGUUUUGGUUUCUGUUUUGUUUCGAAAUUUGUCAGCUCCAACGUGGUGUGGAUUCUGACCUGUGUUCAGUGAAGUUCAGUAAAUAGUGCCGCCAGCAGAUAGUUGUUUAGUCCGACUAGUAACAACGCAAUACGUGCUCAGACGCAAUGCUAUAGAGAGCAUAAAUGGCGGGAGAGCAAGCGUAUCUGUGCAAACACAUGUAGCACAUACAUGCUCUGACACAUAUAUGAAUUAUUUGUUAGUCCAUUACCGAAAUGAGUAUAUUUUUUUCAUUUAAUUACCACGUGUUUUGGUUGAUACUGUUUUAUAAACAUUUCUACUCGUUUCAAGUGUGUGAGUUUGCGUAUGUGUGAAUGUAUGUAAUAUAUAGAUAUAAAUUAAACAUUGGGCUCGUUUUGACGCAAGCAAAUA